AUGUUGGACACAGUGGACGGGCCUUGCGGGCCUUGCCAGCACAACACUACUGGGCUCCAUUGCGAACGGUGCCUACCAGGUCAUUACGGAAACCCGGUCCAGGGCUCGUGCAAGCCGUGCGCGUGCCCAUUGUACCUGCCCUCGAACAACUUCAGCCCGAACUGCGCCCUCGCCUCCGCCGAGGGCGACGACUUCGUCUGUACCCAGUGCCCCGACGGGUACACCGGCGAUCGCUGCGAACUCUGCGACGUGGGCUACUGGGGCUCUCCGAGCACGGCCGGUGGCUCUUGCCAGGCGUGCGCGUGCGGCGGGGCGCCUUGCGACUCUGACACCGGCCGCUGUCUCGUCUGCCCACCGCACACCGAGGGCGCCCGCUGCGACCAGUGCCAGGAGGGCUACUGGUUGGGCGGGGCGGGGGAGGAGUGCGUGGGGUGCGAAUGCGGCAGGGGCGCUCUGUCCGCCGCGUGCGACGCCCGCACGGGCCGCUGCGCCUGCGCCCCCGGCUGGGCGGGCCGCGCCUGUGACCUCUGCGCCCCUGGACACGGAGACGUGGCGGCCGGCUGCCCGUUGUGCCGCUGCGGGCCGGCGGCGCGCGGCGGCGGCUGCGACCCGCAGAGCGGCGCCUGCGAGUGCGCACCUGGCGCCGCGCCCCCCCGCUGCGACGUCUGCCUGCCCGCCCACUACGCGCUCGGCGGCCAGGGGUGCUUAGACUCCUACGCUGCAAAUAUAUACCAGAGACACGUCGCCCCAAUGUCUGGUGGUCUCCUGUCGCCUGUCACCUGUCACUCGUCGCCCGUUACGGCCGCCCGCCGCGUGAUGUCGCGACGCAAUCCUGUCGCGGCGAUAUUUAUUAAGAUGCCACGGGUGCCCCCGAUCUGGAUAGCGAAAAUAGCUCGG